UGACAUUUGACAGUAUAUGAAAACACAUGGGCCAUGCUUGUUGAAGAUGUUUGAAAAUGUUCUGUAUUGUAAUUUAAUUGAAAAGAUAGCGCUGAGGAGUUUUGAAUAAAUAAUAUACCUUUAAAUCUUAUAAAAUGCAAGUAUCAGAAAUUGAUAAUGUUAAGAUUUAUAAUCUGAGUGCUGGAAAAUCGUUACCCGAUUGGUUAACAGAAAGGAAGAAACGAGCGCUAUUAAAAAAGAAUGUUGAUCUUCGUAGAAGAAUUGAACUUAUCCAAGAGUUUGAUAUGCCAGGUGUGAGUACUAGUAUACGAGCCUCGAAAGAUGGACAGUAUAUUAUGGCUACUGGCAUUUAUAAACCCAGGGUUAAAUGUUUUGAUGUCAACAAUUUAUCUUUGAAAUUUGAAAGAUGUUUGGAUUCAGAAGUUGUUACUUUUGAAAUACUUAGUGAAGAUUAUACAAAGAUAGUGUUUCUUCAAUGUGAUCGCUAUGUGGAGUUUCAUGUGGGACAUGGGAGGCAUUAUAGAUUGAGAGUGCCUCACUUUGGUAGAGAUAUGACCUAUCAUCGUCCCUCUUGUGACCUUAUUGUUGUUGGAGCUUCAAGUGAAGUCUACAGAUUAAAUUUAGAAUUAGGACAGUUCUUGGCCCCUUAUGUCACCAAGGCGACUGAAAUUAAUUGUUGCAGUGUAAAUGAGGAACAUGGCUUAUUAGUAUUUGGUUCCGAAAGUGGUCAUGUUGAAGCGUGGGACCCUCGUACAAAAUCUAAACAAGGGGUAUUAGAUUGUGCUUUACAUUGCUCAGAUGUUAAUUAUAGAAACUCUAUCAUGCCAUCUAUAACUGCUUUAAAAUUCAAUGGUGCACUGCAAAUGGGUGUGGGUACUUCAUCAGGCCAUGUUUUGCUGUAUGAUAUAAGAUCUAGCAAACCAUUAUUAGUAAAAGACCAUAUGAAUGAAAUUCCCAUCAAAAAAAUUGAAUUCCACCAACAAAUGAAUUACGUUUACUCAAUGGAUGCUAAUGUUGUGAAAAUAUGGGACAAAAAUACAGGCAAACAAUAUACCAAUAUUGAAUCAUCUGUUGAUUUCAAUGAUCUAUGUGUAAUACCAAAUACAGGACUUUGCAUGAUGGCAGUUGAGGACCAAAAAAUGCAAGUUUAUUAUGUACCCUCAUUAGGCCCUGCUCCAAAAUGGUGUGCGUUCUUGGAUAAUCUGACAGAAGAAAUGGAAAGCUCUGCAUCACAAACAGUGUAUGACGACUAUAAGUUUGUCACUAAACAAGAACUUGAAUCUUUGGGCUUGGAUCAUCUCUUAGGAACAAAUCUUUUAAGAGCAUAUAUGCAUGGAUAUUUCGUCGAUGUGCGAUUGUAUAAACGAGCGAAAUCAAUUGCCGAUCCAUUUGCAUUUGAGGAAUAUAAGAAACGAAAAAUUAGGGAAAAGAUUGAACAAGAAAGACCAUCAAGACUUAAAGUGGACGAUAAUUUGCCGAAAGUCAACAGAGAGCUCGCAUCUCGUUUGUUGGAGAAUGGUGAUAAACCUAAAAAGAAACAGACUGGCAAUCUAUUGAAAGAUGAUAGAUUUAAGGCAUUGUUUGAGAAUCCGGACUUUGAAGUGGAUAAGGGUGCUGAAGAAUAUCGAUUAUUGAACCCAGUACUAGCUCGAUUGGACAAAAGUAAACCCAAGCCUCAAGCUGAAGUGGAACAAAUGGAGGACGACGCUGAAGAUAAAGAUUCAGACGCAGAGUUCUAUGAUACAAGUGGUGAAAGUUCGGACGAUGACAGAACGUGGGUGAAGGAAGUUAAAAAGCAACAUAAAAUUAUAAGGAAUAAAAAGCAACCGGAUGAUGAAGUAGAAGACGAUGACACUAGAAAAGAGAAAGUUUACGAGUUUAGUAACGCACCCAAAACAGUUAAUAUCAAGAGUGUAAUGCAAGUUAGUAAAAAGAGCUUGGGAGAACGAUUGAAUAAAGAAGGGUCCACUAUUGUAUCAGGGACUGGCGGUAAUCGAGAAAUGAAGUUCGUUAUGAGAGGCAAGAAAAAUAUUUCAGAUAAUCAAAAGAAAAUGAAGAAACACUAUGAAGAGAGAAAGCAAUUGGUUAGAAGAACUGGAUUUUUAAAGAAAAAGAAUCGAUUUUACCAUGUACUGGGCAACGAGAAAUUGGAUGUGCCAGCUAUGGAACGAUCCAUGAGAUCAAGCGUAGAUGGAAACAGUGUCGAUAUAGGGGAAAUCACAGAAUCACCCGAAACGGAAUAUAUGAGUACUUCAGCAAUUUUACACUAUUGUAAAUCGAAAAUAUUACUGCCAUAUUUAAAACUGUUAUCUGUAAUGGGUUUACGGCCUGGUGCAGACGCUUCGAAUUCUUCCUGCUAUGCAAAUUGCUUGUCUCAUUUUCACUCUGCACAAGUAGCAGUAUUUAUGUGUCUGGGAUAUAUUCUACAAUAUAUGGCAUGUUUCAGAAGAGAUCGCGGCUUCUGUUAUAAACUUGUACCCUUAACACUUACAUCGACAGAAUACGAUACUUACAAACAAGUUUGUUACGGAAAUGUCACAUUUACAUACAUCGGACCCAGUUUAUUGCAUUUUCUAGGAUUUAUUUACGCUCUUUAUCUAUUUAGGAUAUCAGACAAUGAACAAUUACAAAAUCUGAUGGAAAGAGUCUUUCUCCUGUCUUCGUAUGCGCCACAAGGUACAGCGACUACAAAACCAAAGCGUCUAUUACGUAUGCUAUGGUUUUUCAUUAUUUUGAGUGUGCUUUGGAUGUGCAUGUCGCUAUGCUCAGUCAAUUUAAUGUUGGCCAGAGGAACUAUUAUGUUUCGGUGGAUGGAGGAUUGUUCAUACGACGUUAUACUCGUGCUAAAAAUUCUAUUGAUCAUAUGCACGUUGAUUCACGACAUGGUUCAAGCGACAGUUAUUACAAGUUAUUGUUUACAAGCACAGCUUUUACAAGCUCAUUUGAUGUUUCUGAAGGAACGUCUCCUUAAUAGAACAAUCUCACCCUUAAAUUGGAUGAGGGAAAUAUCUGAGUUUAGAAAACUCCUUAAGUACUUGAACGAUGAUUUAGCGCCCGCUGUAUGUUUAUUUACAAUUGUAAAUGCAUCGUGGGCAGUGUCAGGUAUAAUGUGGCUCCUCGAUUUAGAUAAAGUGGACACAGGAACGGAGCCUAUUGCUGGAAUCAGUAUAUUAAAUCAGUUAUUAUGGGUUUCUGCUGUCGUCGUACCAUUUAUACAGGCGGCGAGACUAUCAGCGGAGUGUCGUCGCACGCAAUCAAUCGGCCACGAGCUAUGCGUUCGCCCGUUCCUACACCAAGACACGUCCCAGGAAGAUAUAAGUACUGUACUGGCGUAUUCCACUUCUCUAAAACUACGCGCUAAACUAUUUUGCUUCCCAGUCGCAGGCCGAUAUAUCUGCUUAUUGUUGACCCUGACAUUAAUUAUUUUAUUCGCAUUAGGAAUGUGUCAUUAUUUACAAUAAUUUUUCAUGAAUCGA